AUGCGUUCAUUCGUCACCUUACCUCUGUGUCUAGGCGCCGUUGCUGCUUCAAAUCUCCGUACUGUCUACCAGUUCGCCUCCAACGAUACCUGGUUAGAGAACCUGGCCAUACGAUCCAAUGGUAACAUCCUGGCCACUGAGAUUGGUCCUCCAGCCAACCUCCUGUCCUUUGAUCCCCGCGAAAAGCAUCCUCAGAAGAAAUUGAUUAAAGAGUUCACCUCCGUGCUGGGUCUCUCCGGUAUCACCGAAGGCGCCCACGAUGUUUUCUACGUAACUGGGGCUAAUACGACAUCCGACAAUAUCAGCGAUCCACCCAAGAAUGCAACUCACAUUUGGGAGGUCAAUUUCAACGAACACGGCAACAGUCCGAAAAUAAAGCUCCUGUGUCGCCCUACGGCGCCUACUGGAUUCAAUGGCUUGGCCACAUUCAACGAGACCAUCUUGCUCGCUAGCGCCUCCUACCAAGAUGCCAUCUUCGCGGUUGACACCAGCACUGGUCGUACCUGGGAAGCCAUCAAACAGGAGAGCCUGAUGUCAUCCAUUAAUGGAAUCAAGGUGUCAGAUGGCUUCGUCUACUGGACUGCCAACAGCGCUUUGUAUCGCGCAGAGCUAUACCCCAACGUCACUGCUGGCACGGGACAGCUGAUCUUCCAGGGCAGCGCGUUCGACGAUUUUGUCAUUGCUCCCAGUGGUUUCGCCCUCAAUUCUACUUACGAUUCCAACUACAAUUUUGCCUACCUGACCACCUCGGCUGGAAACACGAUCGAGCAGGUUAUAUUUACCCGUAAUGGCACUGCCAUUGGUGGCGAGACCGUUGCUGGGUCUGAGGACUCGACGGAAGUUGCUGAGCCUACGGGUGUUUUCUUCGGAAGGGGGGAUGAUCAAUUGAAUAGAAUCUAUGUCACCACCGGUGGUGGUAGUGGUGUCAACGUCGAUGUGAAUGGUACUGAGACUGCAGUUGGUGCACAGGUGCUGGAGAUACAGCUGAGUUAG